GAAACAUUUGCACGUGUCGUACGUGCGAUUUUGAGGUCACGGGCAGGGCAAGUGUAUGCCGGUUUUUGUGCAUUAUUGCAACUUACGUUCAGCAGUGUAAGGUUCAGUACUGACGAGAGUCUACGAGCAUUAUCUGACAGAAACAGAUAUGGCAGAGUUCAGAACAGAGUAUGACACAUUUGGUUCUCUAGAGGUGCCCAGUGAUAAAUAUUAUGGUGCCAAUACAGCCAGGUCCAUUCGCAAUUUUCCAAUUGGUGGCCCUUCAGAAAGAAUGCCUAUUCCUCUGAUCAAGGCAUUUGGUAUCCUAAAACGUGCGGCAGCAGAAAUUAACAAAGAGUACGGUCUAAACAACGAAAUAGCUGACUAUAUUGUAAAAGCAUCAGACGAGGUUAUUGAUGGGAAGUUGAAUGACCAUUUCCCAUUAGUAAUAUGGCAGACAGGAUCUGGGACUCAGACCAACAUGAAUGUAAACGAGGUGAUAAGCAAUAGAGCUAUAGAGAUGAUGGGAGGAGAAAUUGGUAGCAAAAAACCUGUUCAUCCUAAUGACCAUGUCAAUAAAAGCCAGAGUUCCAAUGAUACAUUUCCAACUGCUAUGCAUAUUGCAGUAGCACAAGAAAUAGAUACAAGACUCUUACCAGGAUUGCAAAUACUUCAUGAUGGCUUGCUUGAGAAAUCCAAGGCAUUCAAAGAUAUUGUAAAGAUUGGUAGAACCCACAUGCAG